AUGAUGCUCUCCUUCGCUGCCUUGGCCACUCUGGCGCUCAUCGCGCCAGCAUACGCUCAACAAGUCGGGACCAAUACUCCCGAGAACCACCCACCGGUCAGCUACCAGAAGUGCACCGCAUCUGGUUGCACGACUGUGAACACUCAAGUCGUGCUGGAUGCCAACUGGAGAUGGUUGCACAGCACCAGUGGUUACACGAAUUGCUACACCGGCAACACUUGGGACACUUCCCUGUGCCCAGAUGCCACUACUUGUGCGAACAACUGCGCGCUUGAUGGAGCGGACUAUCCAGGCACCUAUGGGAUUACUACCAGCGGAGGCAACUCGCUGAACCUCAAAUUCAAGACCGGUUCCAAUGUCGGCUCGAGGGUGUACCUCAUCAACGGAAACCAGUAUGAGAUGUUCAAGUUGAAGAACAUGGAGUUCACCUUUGAUGUCGAUGUUUCAAACCUGCCAUGUGGACUCAAUGGUGCGCUGUACUUUGUCAAGAUGGAUGCCGAUGGUGGCUUGUCCAAGUAUCCGACCAACAAGGCUGGUGCCAAGUAUGGAACCGGCUACUGUGAUGCACAAUGUCCGCAGGACCUGAAGUUCAUUGGUGGAAAGGCCAAUGUGAAUGGAUGGAUACCGUCCAAUGGAGACCCAAAUUCCGGCACUGGCCCUACCGGCUCAUGCUGCACCGAGAUGGACAUUUGGGAAGCAAACUCGAUUUCCAACGCCGUAACUCCUCACCCAUGCACUACCGAUGGACCAUGUACUUCCAGCUCUACCUGUGGUGUCGGUGGUGAGCGAUACUCGUCGUACUGCGACAAAGAUGGCUGCGAUUUCAACCCAUACCGAUGGGGAAACAAGACCUUCUACGGCACGUCUGGGAUUGUGAACAGCAAGUCCAAGAUAACUGUCGUGACACAAUUCAUCACCAACGACAACACCGCCACCGGGACUCUGACUGCCAUCCGUCGCCUGUACGUUCAGAAUGGUAAGGUCAUUCAGCAAGCCAACACCAACAUCCCAGGCAUGACCAGCACCAAUGAGAUCACCGAUUCGUUCUGCAAGCAGACCAAAUCUCUGACUGGCGACACGGACAAAUUCAGUUCUGCGGGAGGUCUUGCUGCUGUCAGCAAGGUCAUGGACGCUGGAAUGGUGCUUGUCAUGUCUAUCUGGGAUGACCAUGCGGCCAGCAUGCAUUGGCUCGAUUCGACUUACCCGGAGAAUGCUUCGCCCUCACAGAUCGGUGCCGCACGUGGACCUUGCCCGACUACAGGUGGUAGUCCGAAAGAUGUCGAGGCACAAUACCCCAACUCGAAUGUCAUUUUCUCCAACAUUAAGUUUGGAAGCAUUGGAUCAACUUACCCUCACUAA